GUAAAAUAAUGGUUGUGUAUGUAUAAGCUGUAAAUGAUUAGGUUUAUUAGGACAGAGGUGACAUUUUCACUUGGUAACACGACGACCUCUUCUGAGGUAAAAGUCUGCACCUGAGGUAACACGGACAGUUCCCUCCUCCGCCAGUUGUGAUCACAUGACCUCCCCGAUCGCCUACGGGCUGUCAUGUCGCGUUUAGUAAAUGGGCGGUGUCUGUCUUGUGAUUGGAGGCGGGACUAUGAGCUCGGUGGGCGUGGCUGGAUAGCGGAGUGACGGGACGUGUCCGCUGCCGUUACCGUGAUUGACUUGCGGCUACGUGCGUCUCCAGCAGCAGGGAUGCGGGCCGCCAUGGGGUCGGCGUACAUCCGGCUGCGGCGGCUGACGGACUCCCUGCAGGACCCGGAGAAGGUGGCCCGCUUCCAGCGGCUGUGCGGAGUACAGAGCUCGCCAUCACAUGAGGAGAGGGAAACCCAGGAGGCCGCCGGGGACGGGCCCAGCAGACACCGGGGAAGCCGGCACCAGAAUGGGCUGGUGGAGAACGGAGCUGCGGGGUGUUCGGAGAAGAAGGAGAAGAUGCAGGCGCAGCGGCGGAACUCUCUGACCGGAGAGGAGGGACAGCACUUCAUCAUCCGCAACCGGCUGCUCUUCUACCUGUUCACACUGGGCACCGAGCUGGGCAACGAGCUCUUCUACAUCUCCUUCUUCCCGUUCUGGAUAUGGAACGUGGACGCGCAGGUCGGGCGGCGGGUGAUCGUGGUGUGGGUGUGGGUGAUGUAUCUGGGCCAGUGCACCAAGGACCUGAUCGGCUGGCCCCGGCCGCCCUCCCCGCCUGUGCUCAAGCUGGAGGUCUUCUACAACUCGGAGUACGGCAUGCCCUCCACCCACGCCAUGGCCGGCACCGCCAUCCCCCUGUCCCUGCUGCUGCUCACCUGGGGCCGAUGGCAGUAUCCAUUCUUUUUUGGGCUCAUUCUUGCCAUUGUCUGGUGUACCUUGGUGUGCCUUAGCCGUGUUUAUAUGGGGAUGCAUUCCAUUUUGGAUGUCGUAGCCGGUGUCCUUUAUGCAGUCCUAAUUUUGAUUGUCUUCCAUCCGGCUCUGGAUAUCAUUGACAAUUUCAACCUGACUUACAAGUAUGCCCCCCUCAUAAUAAUCAGCCUGCACCUCGCGCUGGGCAUUUUCUCCUUCACGCUUGAUACAUGGAGCACAUCCCGUGGGGAUACUGCAGAAAUUCUUGGCAGCGGUGCUGGGAUCGCCUGCGGGUCACACGUUAGUCACAUGUUGGGGUACUUGAAGGAACCAUCGCCGGAUACAUUGCCUUUCCCCAUUCCACCUAUCACAGUGACUCUGCUGGGAAAAGCGAUGCUACGGGUUUUAAUGGGAUUAGUCGUUUUAUUACUGAUCAGAGCCGUCAUGAAGAUGAUCACCAUUCCUAUGGCCUGCAAAGUGUUUGGCAUUCCUUGUGAUGAUGUAAGAAAGGCAAGACAACGCAUGGAGGUGGAACUCCCGUACCGCUAUAUUACCUACGGCAUGGUUGGAUUUGCAGUCAUGUUCAUUGUUCCAUAUAUGUUUACAUGGGUGGGACUGCAUUGAUGAUGAACUUCUCAAGGAGAGACAGAAGUGCUUUGCGAUAUUUUUUUAAAUGAUUCCAAAUGCUCAAGACGGACUUAUUGUCUUCUUAGAAGGAGGUGCUUAAAUAUUGAAUAAUUCUACUAUUCAUUUCUAAAGUGCACUGGUAGAAAAGUAAGUUUUGGGCCUAAAUAGCAAUAAACGGCCCUUGAUUUAUUUUUAUUUUAUUUUUCAUUUGAAUUGCAGCUACUUGCAAGCCUAGUGUAUAUUGGUUUUAUAUUCUAAAACCACUUUUUUUUUCUUUUAGAUUCAGGUACUGUAUAAACCUGCUUGAGAAUUGUGCCUUUAUUUGCUAAUAAUCACAAUGCCAUGUAUACUGUGAUGUUAGAGACAAGCAUCCAGAACAUUGCUUGAACUAGACGAAUAAUUUUUACACCGCAACGACAAUGCCUGUUAGCAUGUGUAAAUUGUUAAAUGCAGCAGAACUAUAAUGCCUGGGAGAGACGGCAAUAGCCAUGUGAUUUUGGCAUGCUUCUUUAUAGAGCCUAUCAUUAAUGUGAGAGGGAGCCUGCCAAGAAUUAACCCUUACCCUGCAGCCAUCCAGUUCAGCAGGUGUACAGCCUUUCCUCUGGACUCUGGUUUGUAGGGCUGCACAGCGGGCUUGGCACUUACUGGGUCUCUGCUAGCGUCUGGUCAGGCCAAAGGCCCAAUGGUCAGGAUAGACUUGCAGACGUGAUUCAAAUGCAAAAAUGUGUCUGUAUUAAUAGUGUGAAGCUGGCAUUAAAGGGGUACUCCAGUGGGAAACUUUUUUUUUUUUUUAUCAACUGGUGCCAGAAAGUUACAGAUGUGUAAAUGGCUUCUUUUAAAAAAAAUCUUUACCCUUUCAGUACUUUUUAGCAUCUGUAUGCUACAAAGGAAAUUCAUUCCUUUUUGGAUGUAUUUUUUCGUCUUGUCAACAGUGCUCUCUGCUGACACCUGAUGCCCGUAUCAGGAACUGUCCAGAGCAGGAGAAAAUCCCCAUAGCAAACCUAUGCUACUGCCAGAACUGGUGCCAGAAAGUUAAACAGAUUUGUAAAUGACCUCUAUUAAAAAAAAAUCUUAAUCCUUCCAGUACUUAUUAGCAGCUGUAUACUACAGGGGAAAUACUUUUCUUUUUGGAUUUCUCUUCUGUCACGACCACAGUGCUCUCUGCUGACCAUUUUAGGAACUGUCCAGAGCCAGAGAAAACCUCCGUAGCAAACAUAGGCUGCUCUUGACAGUUUCUAAAAUGGACAGCAGAAGUCAGCAGAGAGCACUGUGGUUGCGACAGAAGAGAAAUCCAAAGAGAGAAGCAUUUCCUCUGUAGUAUGCAGCCCCUAAAAAGUACUGGAAGGAUUAAGAUUUUUUUUUUUAACAGAAGUAAUUUACAAAUCUUUCUUGCACCAGUUCAUAAAACAUUUUUUUUCCACCAGAGUACCCCUUUAACAGGGUUCGGAAAAGGAUCAGCUUUUUUUAUCGUCCCCAUUCAGCCACAGCCUAAAGCCAAGGUUGGCGCUAAUUCUGCAGACACAGACCCCUUUUUUAUUUUUUUGGUAAUGUCUUAAAUUCUUUCUGGGCAUCUAGUAGAUACCCCUGUAAAAUCGCUCUCAUAUCAGGUGUGCUUUAAUAGGUAUAAUUUCAAUUAUUUUUAUUUCUAAUAACCACUAUGUACAUUUCAUUCAUUUUAGAUGCAUCUUAUAUUAGCCCCCCCCCCCCCAUGUGUGUAUGUGAUCACGUAUGUAUGUAUGUACGUCUGUCUGUGUGGGAUGAAUUCAUUUCAUGUACUUCAAAUACCUUAUACGUGUUAAUUGUUGUUCAUACUUUGUAGCGCUUUGUGGUCCAGCUAUUGCAAGAUCACUAUGUAGGCACUGAUUUAUGGCUUCUUAGUAUCCCGUCAUAUUCUAGUCCUGACAGUCCUCUUGUAUGGAGGAUAUAGUUGGGGACACCUUGGUUGAGCCAUCAUUACUGGGAGCCAUACAUUUAUGGUACGUUUAAGAUUUCCGAAUGUAAGUGAAUUAUCUUGUAAUGCAGUAAGAAAAGAUUGCCUGCAGUAUGAUUCCUAGGAGUACAUCUAAUCAGCUGGUAAGAAGUUAGUCAAUGGGGUUGUCUAGUUUUAUAAAACCCAUUUUAACUUGUUCUAUUAUGGUGUUGGGUGGGGGUCAUGUGUUGAGGAUCCUCUUCCAUAGUAAAGAGUGGCUCCUAAGAGUGUCGCUUGUUCUUGAGGACCUGUCCUGCAUUAUGUAGAUGACACUGUAAUACAGUGUUUCCCAACC